AUGAUAACGGCGCCCGCGAUCACCGCCGCGACGUGGACGGCUACGACCACGACCUCGUCGACGACGAAGACGAAGAAAAAGACGAGGUCGAAACGGGAGGAAACAAAAGUCCCGUACGAACAAUCCAGCUGCGUUUAUACGCUCAGCACCGUGAGCUCCGUGUGCUCCUCGCGACCGCCCAGGCCACCGCGACCCCCGAGGCCGCGCAAGAAGUCUUCCCUCGCGGCCGCCAACCAGAAGGAGCCACCUUUCGAGGAGGACAUUAUCGACGGAUUCGCCAUCCUCGCCUUCCGCUCCUACGAGGAACUCGAGAGUGCAAUAACGUUAGCUGGUAAAAAUAAUGUCAAGAAAAUACACACAUUGCUAUCGAUAGUGGACGAAAAACCAAAGCUGGAUACUGGACAGAAUAACAGGCACAACGAGCACCACAUCAAAAACAAUUUCAAGCACAACCAUUACACACAUAAUUCCAUACUGACACCCUCGACGCUAAACCAGGGCCUAGAUGCAGGUACAAGCGACGAUAGUGGCAGAGCGUCUGAACAGUUGCACGGCCCUGGUAUACCUAGGGAUUGCCAGGACGCAGACAGUUCUAGGGACCAUCUCAGCGAUGCUAGCAGUCAUUGCAGUUCGGGUAAAGGUUAUAUCUGUGAUAGUGAAGGAGAAGACGAUAAGGGCUCGGAUGCCGAAUCUAUACUCUUUGAAUCUUCUACCUCACCACCUCUCACACGUAAAUACGAAUUGCCAUCUUCUUCGCCACACGUUUUACCACCCACAAACGGGGCAGGUGGAUCUCCACCGGACACGGGUGGUCAAACUUCUAAUCCAGCAACGAAUGCUCCGGCACCUAUACCACCUCCUGUGCCUGCGUCUGCACCAGUUCCAACAGCGCCGAGUCCUCCUAGCCCCACGUUGCCUCCACACAUAUCCCAGCCUUCUAUGACUAGUCCUUUGGCAGCGAAUCCACGUGCAAUAGCUCCGCAACAGCGGCCAGCUUCCCCUGCUCUGCCUCCACCCUCCCUAUCCCAGCAACCGCACACUACGAUACCUGCAUUACAUCCACCUAUUGGGCCCCUCGUCUCGAGUCAUACAACUAGUCCAGCGGUAGCCAGUUUAGGUGUUACGCCAGCAGCACCAUCGAACGGAGCGGCCACUACGAGUUAUCCACCUCCCAUUCCUAUAGCCGCGUAUCCACAGACACAACCAUCGUAUCCACCGCUCUACACCCCGUACACCGCUCUAAAUCACAGCCCGUAUCUUCCGCCUGCGGUACCAUCCCCUUCUCAUUCUGCUUCAUCGCGCGCUGACGUGAGAGGGAGUAGAGCUUCCCCCUGUACCAACAUAAAUAAACAGACUAUAGGAAAUAACCUCGUGAGUCACAAUAAUACUCCACUGAGUGCUGCCACCACAACAUGCGUAUCCACUAUAACUAAUACAGUUACCACGGCAAAUACUAUCGCUCAUAGAGACAUGGUGGCCUGCAGUCUAUCCGGACGAAAUAAUAACUCUCCACGUGGACAUAGCCCCAGUCGGGAAAGGGAUAGUUACAGCAGUAACGUGAGUAGUCUAAGUCGGGGCAGCAUAACGCCUGUUAGUGUGCCAAACACCUCCUCGCCAGCCAAUUCUAGUCUACCUACAUAUACCAAGCCACAAAGUUGGAUUAGCAGCAACACAGCUCCCCAGUUGUCUCCAGCGACAGCUACAUCUGUUCCGAGGCCAACUCCACCACCGGUACCACUCGGUAUACCACAUACAUUUCCACCACCGAUGUUCGCAACGCCUUUACCACCGCCAGUGUCUAGCUCAAGCCCUCAUACUUCACUGCCCUCGCUUCCCCCACCGACGACCAAUCCCAAUCCGUUUUCUGCAGAGUCUCUGUUCCAAACAAAAGGGGUGACACAUGUUGCAGGUCAGGCUGAUCUUCUGAGGAGAGAACUCGAUAAUAGGUUCUUAGCGUCUCAAGACAGAAAUGUUGGCGUUGGAGUGGGGAAUUUGGGUCCAGCGUAUCUUCGAACAGAAAUGCAUCAUCAUCAACAUCAACACACGCAUGUACAUCAGCACACGACACCGUUGCUGCCAACAGCUGCAACAUCUACACUUUUUCCACCUCCAAUUUUUAAGGACAUCCCAAAAUUGGGAGGAGUCGAAUCACCAUUUUUUCGUGGAAACUUAAACCUUUCUGGUUACUCCGGUUUUAACACUGGCCUUCUUCAUCCCGGAAUUGGACCGCCUUCGACACCUUUUGUGCCCCCUAAUCAUUUGACUCCGUUUGCGCCAAAGAAAAGUGGAAAGUGGAAUGCGAUGCACGUGCGUAUUGCGUGGGAGAUAUAUAAUCAUCAACAAAAGCAACAGGCUGAAGCUAAAGCGGGAAGUGUCGUUAGUACCAAAACUGAGUUAUUAAGACCACCGAGCCAUCUUUAUCCUGGGGGACCAGCCAGUGGUCUUGGACUCGGUGCACCAUCAAUGGCACCUCCGUUUUCCACUAAUAUACCAUCUGCCCAUCCUGCACCACCUCCACCACAUCCUGUCGGUUUUCUUUCUACAACGGCCUCACACUUAGGAGCAGGAUUAUCUCCCUUUGGAAGAUAUCCUUCAACGUUCGGCGCGCCGAAUCCUAAUUUUCCAAACCUUUCAACUUUUCCGCCAAGAGAAAUGCCUUCUCUAGGUGGACUUGGUUCAGUACACGAUCCAUGGCGAGGAUUGCAACGCGCUACUACUGGAUUUCCACAAACUACUGUUUCGUGGGGAUUGAAACCGGAACCUCCUGCGAUAGACAGGCGCGCCGAGCUGGAGGAACGGGAGCGCGAGCGUGAACGGGAAAGAGAACGCGAACGAGAGCGUGAACGUGCCGAACGGGAACGCGAGCGUAUCAGACGCGAAAGAGAACGGGAGAGGGAGAGAGAGGAACAACGUGAAAGAGAAAGGCGGGAACGCGAGAAAGAGGAGAAGAGGAAACAGCAGGAAGCGGCCGAACGGGAGCGAGAAAGGCGAGAUAAGGAGCGUCGCGAGAUGGAAAGACGUGAGAUGGAGCGCGAGAGACUACUUCAUCAGAAUCGACAACAUGUGGUUGCAUCCCGAGAUCGUUCGCCGCUCAGGAACGGUUCGGCGCCUUUGGAUACUGGGGAAGUGCGCGUAAAGGAAGAACCACGCAAUAAAGACGACGAGGUUGUAAUGCUUCCACGACCGCCAGUACCCGGUCCCGGAGCGACGGGGCCCGCGCCAGGACCUGGACCAAAUCCACUGCCCGAUCCGAGAUACCACCCGCAUCCACAUGCCUAUCUUACGAGGCAUCCACACGGUAUGCCAGCUUCGCAUUCUAUGCCACGUAGCAUGCUUCCCAGUUUAAGCGCACAUCCGAUGCAGCAUUUUCCACCGCCAACUGCGCCUGCCGGUCAACCGGGAGCCCCUUGGCCGGGCGAUCCUUUCCGGGAAUACCGGUUUGAUACGCUGCAACAGUUACGAUAUAAUCCGUUAGUGGCGGCGUUCAGAGCUGAAGAAGAGGAACGAGCAAAACUGUACGCCGGCUAUCCUCCACCGCCGGUGAAUACACUCAGGAGUAAGGACCCUAGUCCAGGUCCGCUCAGCAAUUUGCAUAUGCAUCAUAGAGCAGGACCUGGUCCAGGAGUACCGACACGUCCGCUCGAAAACGCCCUCAUGCACGCGGAUAUUCACAAGAAAGAAGAUGGAUCGCAGUCCCGAUGAUACUUUGUUUCGGCGUCCUCGGUUUCUGCGAGCGAACGCACUGACGGUCCGACCUUUUGAGCACCCCAUCCAGUUAACACUCGGAGUUUGGUGCUGAUAUUUUGCUAACAGAAAAAAGCGUUAUUUAAAAAAGAAAGUGUAAAUAGAUACUAUAUA